AUGACCGACAAUCCAGAACUGGUGGCUACCGCCGACCUGACUCCACAGUCCCCAAAACCCAUAAACCUCUCGUCACCGGCAUCUGUCCCUGCUCUGCAGGACCAGGCCGAUACCCUGUCGACCAUGGCUUUAUCCCCCAGCGAGGAUUUGGUCACUGUCGAUGUCACAAGUAUAGCCAGCCAGAGCAUCAAUGGCAUUGGCGCAGAGCAAACCCAUACCGAAAGUGACGCGAACACAUCAUCUGAGAAUGUAGAUCUCACUACGGUUGAUACCACUAGCCAUGAGGUUAGCGCUCAAGAGUCUGGUGAGCAAGAGGACGAUGAGGAUCAAUAUGCCAAGGACUUUGAUUCUCCCGUCCCCGACGCGAUUGAGACUAGUCAGGACGGACAGGCAGUCAGUACAAAUGGCGUUGUUGCCAACCAGGACACAUUCUCGUCAGAGAUCAGUGCAAACAUGCCAAGUAUUGAACAAGCUGCACCAUCCACAUCUGCUCCUGUAGCUGAACCUAACGGUAUCAACACUCAAGCCAGUACCGCCACGAGCGCGUUGACGGGCCCAGGGAUUCCCACUUCGCUAGAGGAACCGACUGGACCUCGAAUUGCCGAUGGAGACGGCAUCGACAUCCAGGCUCUGGUUGACACAAUCACUGCCCGUAAUACCUCCGCGGUGCCCAAUGACCAGCCUGAGGCGACGCCGAGCGUUGUGAACCCAGACGUAGCCUCGUCAGAGGUUCCGCAAUCGCUUCCCCCAAAGCCCCCGGUGUCCCAGCAGCCACCUGCUCUAGAUGUACUGCCCCAAGAGCUGCACAAGUUUCAGCCAAUGUCAAAUGGUACCACACAGAACAUGGUUUCGGCCCACGGUCUGUCCUAUACACAUCCGCCGAAUGGUGCUCCUGUUCCGCUUGGCUACGUAGCCCCAGCUGUGUUUCCCCCCGGUGUGCCUGGACAGCAAGCAGGCCCAUACGACGCUGGUGGCACUCUAAGCCAUAACCAGUCACAACGUUAUGAUGAAUUCCUCAAGGAGGAGCGCAAGUAUGUCUCUGAGGCCAAAUGGGAUAGGUUCCCUGAAGGAUCGAGACUCUUUAUCGGAAACCUCUCAAGUGAAAGAGCAACAAAGAAAGAAGUAUUCGACAUCUUCUCGCCCUACGGCAGGCUUGCUCAAAUUUCUCUCAAGCAAGCUUAUGGAUUCGUGCAAUACCACACAGUUGCAGAAGGCCAGGCUGCCACCGAUGCCCUGCAGGGCAUUGAGAUCAGUGGCCGUAAAAUCCACCUCGAAUUUUCCCGCGCCCAGAAGAAAGAUGGCGACGGAGAUAGGCGCGGACCACGCGGAGCUCGUACUGGCAGUGUCCAACAGAAUGAUCGCGACCGAACCCGCUUCGAUGGCCGCCGCAACGAUGGAUACCGAGCUCGUUCGCCAUCCCCUUCCCGCGGACCGCACUCGCGUCAAGGCUCAUACGGCAGAGCAGAACGGGGCCAGUGGGAUGCGCCUAGCGAUUAUGCACGCCGUGACCGUUCAAGAUCGCCAAUGGGGUACGGUGGUGGUCAUUAUCGUCGUCGCAGUCCAAGCCCUUACCGUCGUGGUCUACCGAAAUCUGAAGCCGAUUUGGAUAUCCAACGUCGUUAUGGAGCAGAUGUUCCAGAUGUCCAACUCUUGCUUCUGCAGGAAGUCAACCGAGAUUUUGUUGCUUGGGUCCAAGGCGCCUUUGCCGAACGCGGCCUGAAGGUCGAUGUUAUGUUCCUCGAUCCUCGCUUCCCUCGCGACCUUGUCAUCCAGAGACAGAUUGUGGAGGGCGUCCAUGGCGUUACCGAGUUGAAUUAUCAUUCACAAUCUAUGGCCAAGAUCCCACUACAAAUGUUUGAUCGCUCUACCGGGCGACACAAUGCUCGCUUUGACCAAUAUCAGGACCUUGAUCCGAAAAUUGCUGCAGAGAUCGUCGUCCGUGCCAAAGCACAAAGCCAUAGCCAAAGUCAGAUGCAGGCACCAGCAAGCUAUGGUAAUAAUGGCUAUUACCCGCCGGCUGCCUAUCCUGCGCCGCAGCCAAUGGCACAACAAAUGCCACCCCAUAUGGCCUCACAGUACCCCGGUAUGCCCGGCCAAGUGCAUCCAUCCCCGUACCCUGGCAGUGUCGACAACGCCACCAUCCAGAGAGUCCUAUCUGCCUUCCACGGCAACUCCGGCGCUCAUGUGCCUAGCCAACAGCAAAUGGCCCCAGGUCCUGGAGUGGAUGUGAAUGCAGUCCUACAUGCUCUUGGAGCCAACGGUUCUGUCCCUCCGCCUCAGCAGCAACAGGCCUUGACCUACCCUCCGCCUCCGCCCCAGGGACAUCCGGGUCAGGGACACCCAUCCCAGGGAAACCCAACUGACCAAGCUUAUGUUCAGGACAUCAUGGCACAGCUAUCUCGGUACCGACAAUAA